UCGCUUCCGGGUGGGGUUGGCAGUCCUGCUCGCGACUCGGGUAAGCCUGCGGGGCUUCGGGCGCGGAAACCGGGCGACGCCAUGGCCUGCACUCUCGUGCCCUUCUGCAGCUUCCAGGACCUCGAGUCGGCGCGGGAUUUCCUGUGCUCUCAUCUUCGGCAGAGUGGCUCGGGGGAACCGUGGGGUGCCAAGGAAUGCGGCGGUAAAUCAUCAAACUGGGAAGAAGAGAAUUGGGGUUCCUGGGAUGAAGCAGAAACUCAAGACCCUGAAGAAGAUGAAGACUUAACAUCUAAAACACAAACAAAUUCCUGGCUUCAGGACUGUGUAAUAUCGUUGUCACCCACAAAUGAUCUCAUGGUAAUAGCUCGUGAGCAGAAAGCAGUGUUUUUUGUCCCAAAAUGGAAACAGAAUGAAAAAGGGAAAGAAGAAAUGCAAUUUGCAGUUGGCUGGAGUGGCUCUCUUGGCUGGAAUGGCCCUUGCAGUGUUGAAGAAAUUGAAUGUGUAACCAGUGCAUUGUGUAUCCCUCUUGCAAGUCAAAAGAGGAGCUCCACAGGCCGUCCUGACUGGACCUGCAUUGUUGUAGGAUUCACCUCUGGCUAUGUCCGCUUCUAUACUGAGAGUGGAGUAUUACUUCUGGCACAGCUUUUAAAUGAAGAUCCUGUCCUACAGCUGAAAUGUAGAACUUACGAGAUUCCACGUCAUCCUGGAGUAACAGAACAGAAUGAGGAACUGAGCAUCCUGUAUCCUUCAGCAAUUGUGACAAUUGAAGGUUUUAGCUUAUUUCAAUCUCUCCGGGCUUGUCGAAAUCAAGUAGCCAGGGCUACAGCUUCAGGCAGUGAAAAUGUUCAGCCACCUCCAUUAGCCUAUAAGAAAUGGGGUUUGCAGGAUGUGGAUACUAUUGUUGAUCAUGUUAGUGUUGGUAUCAUGACUCUAUCACCUUUUGAUCAAAUGAAGACUGCUUCCACUAUUGGCGGAUUUAAUGCAGCUAUAAAGAACAAUCCUCCUGCUAUGUCUCAGUAUAUUACUGUGGGGUCUAAUCCUUUCACUGGGUUCUUCUAUGCCCUUGAGGGCAGUUCACAGCCAUUACUGUCCCAUGUUGCUUUCACAGUUGCAAGUAAGCUGACAUCUGCAUUCUUUAAUGCUGCUAGUGGCUGGCUUGGCUGGAAAAACAAACAGGAAGAAGAUCCUGUACAGAAGCAGAAACCCAAGGUUGAACCAGCAACUCCUUUACCUGUGAGGUUUGGAAUCCCAGAUUCUCGUCGACAUGGAGAAAGAAUAUGUUUGUCUCCUUGUAAUUCUUUAGCAGCAAUUACUGAUGAUUUUGGAAGAGUUCUUCUAUUGGAUGUUGCAAGAGGUCUUUCUGUUCGUAUGUGGAAAGGCUAUCGUGAUGCACAGGUUGGUUGGAUUCAGAUUGCAGAAGACCUACAUGAAAGAGAAUCUAUUAAGACAGACUUUUCUCCAACUAGUACCCCUCAGGGACCAAGCAGAGUGGCUCAGUUUCUUGUGAUUUAUGCUCCUAGGAGAGGGAUUUUGGAAGUAUGGAGUACCCAACAAGGUCCAAGGGUUGGAGCCUUCAAUGUAGGAAAACAUUGCAGGUUGCUGUAUCCAGGCUAUAAAAUAAUGGGGUUGAACAGCGUAACAAGUCAGGGUUGGCAGCCUCAGACUUAUCAGAUCUGCCUUGUUGAUCCAGUAUCAGGAACAGUAAAAACAGUUCACAUACCUUUCCAUUUAGCCCUGAGCGACAAGAAGAGUGAGCGAGCAAAGGAUAUGCAUCUAUUGAAGAAAUUGGCAGCCUUGCUGAAAGCUAAAACAUUGAAUUUGGAUACGGUUGAGGUUGAAGUAAAGGAAUUAAUACUAGAUGUUAAAUAUCCUGCUACUAAAAAACAGGCUUUAGAAAGCAUCCUGGCAAAUGAGCGCUUGCCGUUAUCUUUUCUGAUGAACAUCACACAAACACUGAUGGAGACCUUAAAAAAUCAGGAGAUGGAUUAUAUUGAUGAAGGGCUGCUACAGUUCUGUGCAAAUAAACUAAAACUGCUGCAGCUUCACAAGUCAGUCAGCAAUUUAAAUUCGCAGAAUAUGAAGCUUGAGACAGAGCCAUCUGAUAACAUCUUGGCUAAACUACUCCGGUUAGAUGAAAAAGAAUUCACUCGGCUGCAGAUGUUACUUGAGAGGUACAAACAGCAGAAUACCCAGCCUUCAGUACAUUUUGUGGAGGAUGAAGAUGGAAUGCUGCCUGUGAAAACUUUCUUGGAUUACUUGGAUUAUGAAAAAGAUGCAAUUAAUGUGAAAAAACUAGAUGACAAGGAAUACGUGGCUUUAGGAGGGUUUUUUUUCUGGAAAUGUUUACAUGGAGAAAGUUCAAUAGAAGAAAUGUGUCAAACUCUGGUGUCUGCAGGAUUUAGCCCCCAGAUAUUAUUGUCUCUUCUGCUCAGUGUGUGGCUUUCCAAGGAAAAGACCAUUCUUCAAAGAGCCCAGUCCGUUUGCUGCCUUCAAGCUGCGUUAUCACUUCUGAGCAGGAUGACAGAGGUUUCAUGGGAUUCUCAGUCCGUUUCUCCCUGGUGGCAGCAGAUGAGAACAGCCUGUAUUCAGUCUGAGAAUAACGGCGCUGCUUUGGUAUUUGCGCAUGUUGGGCAUUCAGUAACAGCGCAGAUAAGUGAUAGCGUUGCAGAAAAAAAGUUUCCCCAAAUAACUGUAGGUGCUGAUACAGAAUCCUGGGAAGCCCUCUCUCUUGAUAUAGAAUACUGGAAGCUUCUCCUGAAACAGCUAGAGGAUUGCCUCAUACUUCAGACACUUCUGAAUAGUAAAGUGAGCAAGAAGACAAGCCCAGCUUCUUCUUUGCAGGCUGAGCCCCUCGGGAGACUUUCUGUAAAGAAGUUGCUUGAAGGAGGAAAAGGAGGCAUUGCUGACAGUGUAGCCAAAUGGAUUUUUAAGCAAGACCUCAGUUUGUCCUUACUCAGAUUAGGUCGACAGAAAAAUGAAGCAGAAAGCAAGGAGGAACCACAGCAGACUGACAGCAAUUUUGUAGGUGGGGAUGAAGAAGACCAGCCAAGCAUAAAGUCCAUAUUAGAACUACUCCGUUUAGCAUAUGAACAGUUUCCUUGCAGCCUGGAGAUGGAUGUACUCCAUGCACAUUCCUGCUGGGAGUAUGUUGUACAGUGGAACAAAGACCCAGAGGAAGCAUAUUUCCUCAUAAGAUCCAUAGAACAUCUCAGAUGCAUUGAUAAUGCUCAUAUUCAACAUGGAAUUGCUCUAAUGAUGUGGAACACAUUCAUAGUGAAAAGGCUUUCUGCUGCUACCUACUUAAUGGACAAGGUUGGAAAAGCACCAAAGGACAGAUUAUGCAGACGGGAUGUAGGGAUGAGUGACAACGCAGUGUCCUGUUUCCUUGGAUCUUGCUCAGAUCUUCUUCAGACUCUCAUGGAGGCUGAUAUAUGCUGUGAUGAAAUGCUACUUCCUGUGCUGGACACAGAAGAUGCCUGGGUGUCUGUUGAAGGGCUAAGCUCAUUAGUGGAGUUAGCACUUGAACAGAAACACAUCCAUUAUCCUCUAGUUGAGCACCAGUCUGUGCUCUGCAUAGUCUUGUAUGGAGCCAUGAAGUUCUCCCUGAAGAACGUGAAGCCCCUCUCUCUCUUUGAUAGCAAGGGUAAAAAUGCUUUUUUCAAAGAUUUGACUUCAAUUCAAUUGUUGCCUAGUGGAGAAGUGGAUCCUACUCUGCUUAGUUUACGCCAUCAAUUCUUAACCAAACUAGUCAGUGCAUUGGCCCAGGCCCAAGCUCCAUCUAAGACGACAGACAGACCGGAAGAAGAAGUUGCAGUGUUGCUGAAGGACAGGGAUUGGCCUGCCUUGGCUUUGGAUCUGGCACAUCAUCUUCAAAUUGAUGAGGAUAUAAUCAGACGGCACUAUGUGUGUGAGCUCUAUAGUUAUGGCCUGGAUCAUCUUGGAGAAGAGGCUAUUCUUCAGGUAGAGGACAAAGAAGUGCUUGCAUCACAAUUGUUGGUGCUGGCUGGACAGAGGCUGGCCUAUGCCUUACUGCACACUCAAACAAAAGAAGGCAUGGAGCUGUUGGCCAGACUACCUCCAACACUUUGCACUUGGCUUAAAGCUAUGGAUCCACAAGAUGUUAAAAAUGUAGAAGUGCCAAUUACCACAACUGCUAAAUUAGUAAAUAAAGUGAUAGAACACCUACCAGAAAACCAUGGGCAGUACAGUGUUGCUUUGCAUCUAAUUGAAGCUGUGGAAGGAAUGUCAUGACAACAAGACUAAAACUGAAGCACGGUGACUAGAAAGGUCUCUAAUAAAAGUGAAGAUUGUAUAUAAGAACCAGAAUCAUCUUGAUGAAACAGUCUCAAGCAUCUUUGGUAAUCUAACAGCUCAAGAGUUUAGGAGAUGAUAAAUAGAUGUGAAGAUCUACCUUUGGUGGAUAAUACCAACAGUGUGUAUAUUUGUGUAUAACUCUAAAUAUUUAUUUCUAAUACCAAGCAUUUGUGUAAUAGUUUGCUUAAGAACAAUUUAGCGCUGUUCAAAUUAACAUGUUAAGAAUUUCCUGUGUGGUAGAAAAUAGACUGCUUUUUAAAUGUUAAAGCAAGAUGAAUUCAAUCAGAAGCCAAGAAAUCAGAGCUCUUACAUAUUAUGUAUGCUGGUUAGGUAAUACUUCUUCAAAGUGAUAGCCUAAUUACAUUUAAUCAAGAGGCAAUUAGCCACUAAGUUACAGCAUUGAAGGAUGACUUUCUACAAUUACAUUAUGGCUGAAUUUUCACUAUAAAAACAGUAUCAACUUAUGAAGAGCAAGUCGUCCAGUGGGAAAAAAUAUCAUUGUAGAACAAAAAGAAAGAUGCUGCCUCUUCAUGUUUUAAGUAUCAAUUAAAAUCUGGAAUCUAGUUUUAGUUUAUCA